AUGAAGGCCUGCCCCAACCUGAAGAAUUUCAGGUAUGACGGUCGAAGUAACGAAUUCUCCUGCAGGUUCCACUUCGGGCCCGAAGACGUAAUGCCGCGACUCGACAAAUUUGUUCCCAACCUGGUCUCUUUCGACCUGUCGCUAAACAAAGAGUUUAAGGUUACGCGCUUUGGAACACCGUGGACCGAGAAAAACCUUCUUGAGUUGAAGGGGGCAAUGGACGAGCGUGGUGUUGACUACGAUUUCAUUUUCAACCGCGAGCUAUGAAGCAAGGUAGUACUCGAAUCCUUUGAGCCACAGGGGAGGUAAUCGGACACUCGCCAAUAGGGAUAGAAUCAAUGGAUACGAAGAUGUCGUUGCUACUGAGUGGUGCUCAGCGUGAUAGGAGAUAGAAUUUGUGAAGCGGACUUGCCGAUUUUCUCACGCCAUUUAUGUUCUGUCAGACUUGCCGGUUGAACUUUGUGCCUCUGAAUGCCAUUCCAUCACCAAUGUUACAGGUAGUCACCCCUUUUCAGACAAAAGUCCCAUUCCUCAUCACAGUCAAAGUAUGCACCAGCCUCAACUUCCCCUUCUCAACCCGAAACUCAUGGCUAUCCGGCCUCGUCCCAAACAGCACAAACGCGUCCACCGUCCCGACCGUCUCAUCAAUCACAUACCUCCUCUGCGUGAUCGGCACCCCAGACGGAACCCCCACAUUGCAGCUGUCCGUGGCGCUCCCAUUGCCCGUGUACCAACUUCCCUCCAACCUGUUGCACGGCGUACCCCAAGGCACAACAACAGUAGGGUCAUUGAACAAAUCCAAAUACGCAUCCGCCGCAGCCUGGAUCGUUUCCCUAGUGUCGCGGUUCGCUUCAGGAAUGGUAAACCACCAGUUAUUCUCCGUCUCCCUCGCCGCGUAUUGAUACGUCAGCGACGCGUUAAACGCCCAGUCGCCCUCCUUGGUGACCAACGUCUCGAUCUUGACGAUGUUCUCCCCCUUGGCGUCAAGUCUGAUCUGGGUGCCAAUCACACGGGGAUUGGCGGGGUCGGUGACGAUGAUCUCGGUGUAGGUCGCGCAUUGGGUCGUGUCGAGCAGGGAGCGGUUGUGGGCGAUGCGGAAGGGGGUGUUGAGCACCGAGUCGCGGAUGGAGAUGGCGCGGAAGUCUUCGGUGUAGGAGACUUCUGGGGAGGGGGAGAGAAUGGAGGGGUCGCCGAUGGUUUGGGCAGAGAGGUAGGAUUCUGUGUAGCGGGUGAGGAGGGCGCGGGUGCAGCCUUCUUCGAUGGGGUCGGCCUGUCGGGGGAGGGAGAGGGCGGUGGUGGUCCCGAGGAUGAGGGAGGCUAUCAGAAGGGUGAGCAUCGUGAUACUUUCUUUGGGCUUUCACAUGCGAGGAUAGAGAAU